AUGGCUCUGGCUCCUCCCCAUCGUCACCGUCCUUCCUUACCUCUGCUCCGUCCUCCACUACUCCCUCCCCGAGCCUCUGCCCCCUGUCCCUCUGAGGAGAUCGUCAUGCGCCAUGUCCAGGCCCUCGAGAACUGCGGCUACCGCACUGUCGGCACGGAGGAGGCUGUCCUCGGCGAGCAGUACGUCGAGAAGCAGGUGCGCGAGAUCGCGGACCGUUGCCACAAGAAUGGCGUCCUCGACUGCGAGGUUUGGGUCCAGAAGGGCUCCGGUUACCACUCAUUCUCGAUCAUGUCCCACGACGUUCUGAAGCUGUAUGCCGGUAUUGCGAACAUCGUUCUGAAGAUCUCGGCGAAGGAGCCCCCUUCAGGCAAGCCUGAGGGAAGGCAGGACGCUGUCCUCCUGAACGCGCACAUUGACUCGACUCUUCCUUCUCCCGGUGCUGCUGACGAUGGAAUCGGAGUCGGUGUUAUGCUUGACCUCGCCCGUGUUCUUGUGGACCGCAACCAGCCCUUCGACAAUGCGAUCAUCUUCCUGUGGAAUGGCGCGGAGGAGACCCUCCAGGAUGGCUCCCAUCUGUACUCCACCCAGCAGGAGACAGCGCCUGAGGUCCGCGCCAUGAUCAACCUGGAGGCAGCCGGUACUACCGGUGGCGCGCUGCUCUUCCAGGCGACGAGUAAGGAGAUGAUCGAGGCGUUCUCGCACUCCCCGUACCCGCGCGGUACGGUGAUUGCCGCUGACGUUUUCUCCUCGGGCAUCAUUCUCUCGGACACCGACUUCGGUCAGUUUGAGGAGUACCUCGGCGUUUCUGGUCUGGACAUGGCGAUCGUCGGCCACUCGUACUACUACCACACGCGCAAGGACAUUACCGCCAACAUUGAGCGUGGCUCGGGUCAGCACUUCUCGAGCAACGUUAUGGCUAUCGUCGACUACCUGCUCUCUCCUGCUUCGCCGCUGCACAGCGACAAGCCCUUCUCGCCCCCUGAUGUCGUGUACAUGUCGCUUUACGACCGCCUCUUCUUCUCCUGGACGAUGAAGAGUGCUGACUUUGCUUAUGUCGCCAUCGCCACUGCUGUCGUCACCCUCGCCGCCGCGUGCGUCCGUCGCGACAGGCUGCAGGCUUUCGGUCUGUCUCUUCUCGCCGCGCCUCUCUCGCUCCUCCACGGCUUCAUCACGACCAAUGUCGCCGCGGCCGCGAUGCAGGCGAGCGGCAACCGCUCUGCAUGGUUCUCGCACGAGGGUCUCGCUGUAGCGCUCUACUUCCCCGCCGGUCUGUGGGGCUACUGCUUUACGCAGUUCGGUUUGGACACCUUUGUGCCCCCCGAGGAGGCGGACUACCUCCAGACCGCGCACUACUACGCCCAGCUUCUCGCCCUCACGGCCUACAUGCUUAUCCUACAGGCCCUCCGUGUCCGCUCGGCGUACCUGUUCGCGGGCUUGUCUUGCAUUCUGCUGCUCGGCGCCACGGCGACUGAGGCAUACAAGUACUUCGGCGGUCGAAGCGUUCGCACUUCGUUUGCGAUUGCGUACAUCGUUCCCUUAUCGCUCCUCGUCAUCCUCGGCAUGGAGGCGUUCACGACGACUCUGGACAUCUUCAUUCCCCUCGCGGGCCGCAUGGGCAAGGAGGCGCCGACCGAGUUCCUCGUCGCCACGAUCGCUUCUGGCUGUGGUCUCCUGUUCUUCCCUCUCGCCUCGCCGCUGUAUGCGCGCCUGACCCGCUUCGGACAGUUCAAGGUGCUCAUGCUGCUCAUGCUCACCGUCGUCAGCAUCGGCACGUACUUCUCGCUCCCGACGUGGAAGGCCUACGAUGCUCAGCACCCCAAGCGCAUGGGCGUGCAGUACACGUACAACCACACCUCGGACGAGCACACGGCGCACUUCGCCUUCAUGGACAUGCGCGGCAACACCGAGGUCAUUGAGACUUUCCACAAGCGCUACGGAGGACAGACCAAGCUCGAGCACACCCAGGUCGACGACUACAACUCGGACUGGGACACGCUGUACCCCGUCUCGUCCUUCCUGGAUACUUACAAGUUCCCUCUUCCCUAUGUCGGUUUCGACUGGCCGAAGCUCCAUCACACGUCGGAGCGUGAGCGCACGCCCGACGGAAACCUCCACAUUCGCAUCAAGAUGGACCACGAGGGUCUGGUCUGGCCCGCGCUCGCGUUCGAGGCUGACCUCGUCGACUGGAGCUACGACUUUGCUCCGCCUCAUGGACGUCAGAGGCACCACAUCAAGGCCGCGACGAGCGUCGACGAGCACACGAUUGAGCUCGAGCUCGUAGUUCGCAUUCCGGAUGAGGAGAAAAUCCAGCUCCACUGGAGUGCUAUUGACCUGAACCAGAUGGUGCCCGGCACGGCUUCGAAGCGCGGUCCCAACAUGCCCGCGUCCAAGUGGCUCACGGAGAUGGACAAGUGGUCCAAGAAGAAGUACGACGGCUCGCUCGACAUCUGCAUGAACGGUGUCGUCUGUGGUGUCAUCGAGGUCUAA